AAGCUCCUUGGUUCCCGCUAAACCAGCGUAUCAAAUCGUAAACUUAGUAAAGAGUACAAUAUACUCUUCUAAUGAGGUGAUCCAGAUGUACCUCGUACAACAGCAAGAAAAAAACAAUACCCACUUAUUAUUAUGUUCUUAAAUUGUGAAAUUUAAGUGAGUGUGGGGUUGUGGCGUGCUACGGGAGCAAACAGACCCAAGGAUUGCAUUGACAAACACAACCAUAAAAUCUAUGAAUACGGUUCUUGCAUCGAGAAUUUAGUAACCACAAUUGUCUUUGCGCUCUUUCACUAUAGCAAUGUGUUUGGAGUUUAUUGUGGAGUAGAUCUAGUAUCUAUUUUAAGGAGAGCAAAAAUCCAGGCAAUUUGAUCAGUGUCACAGAGGUUUACAAUACCCACACGGAGAUGAAAGGAAGGAGGGAUUUCAGACCACUUGGAAAGAUGGUUGAGGCAACAGAAUUUAGAGAGUGGAUUUUUGUCUGCAAUUCAAGCUGCAAAUGAGUAUGGAAAACCUGAUCACACUGAAGAAUUGCUGUUUUUUAGAGCAUGGAUGACUGAUUAUACAUUCAUGGUGGCAGGUGGGUAUGUGUCUUCCUCAACAUAUUUGAGCAAUGGCAUAUGCUCACAAUUUAAUUCUUUUGUAUGGCUAUUAUCAUGCUUGAAUUGAAAUCAAUGUUCAGACUGAGGAAGAUAAGCAAAUGGUCUGGAAGAUAACAUGUUCAGAUCUGUGCAAGAAUUCAGAAUACCUAUUAACUAGAGCAAGGCAAUAUGAAGAUAGCAACCGUUGGGGUCACAGGCAUGAAGAAAUGGUUUGGAAGUAUUUUAAUUGUUUUCUUGAUUGGAGUAUUAGUACUAAGGUACCACUUUAUGGAGAGUGUUGCCCGAAAGUCAUCACCUUUCAGUUUCUUCACUGAUCAUAUGCCAGAAGCUCUUCAUUUAGAGCGGGAUCUUCUUAUUCGAUCUACUCAACCUCCAGAAAGCAUCAGUCAACUGGAGAUGCCAUCUGUCACAGAUGCUGAAACACUUCAUGGCCUUUUCUCUCAAGGAAAUCUUACUAAGGAAGAGAUUCAAAUCAAACUAACGUGGAAUGACAUGAAGAAAUUAGUAUUUCGCACUGACCUUUUACCUGAAGCGAGGGUGGGUGUUAAAGAAGCAGUAGUUGCAUGGCAGGAUCUUAUGCAAUCUAUUGAGCAGGACAAAUUAUCGGAAGGAGUUAAGAGUAUUAAUGUGAAAAAUGGCUCAAAAGAGAAACAGUGCCCUUUCUCUCUGAGUGCUAUGAAUGCAACCAAUCAUCAGACAAGUAUUUUUUUCUUGCAGAUACCUUGUGGUUUCGUUCAAGACUCGUCAAUCACAAUUGUUGGCAUUCCAAGUGGUCUUCUUGGAAAAUUUCAAAUCGAACUUACAGGAGCUCAACUUCCAGGGGAGCCCAAUCCUCCUAUUGUAUUGCAUUAUAAUGUGCGCCUUCAAGGAGAUAAAAUUACAGAGGACCCAGUUAUAGUCCAGAACACAUGGAGUGUCAUUCAUGACUGGGGUGAAGAGGAACGCUGUCCUUAUAAUGUUCCUGAUAGCCGACCAAAAGUGGAUGGACUCAGUCGAUGCAAUGAACGGAUAGGAGAAGCAGCCAUGGAAAAACAUCGAGAUGAAAAGGAGCCUCAAAUUGUCAAAUUGUCGAGUAUUACAAGGAAGGGUUCUAGACCAAAUUUCUGGUUUCCAUUUGUUGAGGGAUAUCCAUUUGCUGCAACUCUAUGGGUGGGCUUAGAGGGCUUCCACAUGACAGUUAACGGGAAACAUAUCACUUCAUUUGAGUAUCGUGAGAGUCUAGAGCCAUGGCUGGUUAGUGGAGUGAGGAUUGCAGGAGAUUUGCAACUCCUUUCUGUUUUGGCAAAUGGUUUGCCAACAUCAGAAGAUUUGGACCUUGUUGUUGAUUUGGAGUCCCUUAAGGCACCUGCUUUAACUCCUAAAAAGAAGCUUGCAAUGUUCAUUGGAGUCUUCUCUACAGGAAACAAUUUUGAACGCAGAAUGGCAGUACGUAGGUCAUGGAUGCAGUACAGACCUGUACGAAGUGGACAAGUAGCAGUCCGAUUUUUCGUUGGGAUGCAUAAGAACAAGCAAGUUAAUGAAGAACUUUGGAAAGAGGCUCGGACGUAUGGUGAUAUUCAGUUGAUGCCCUUUGUCGAUUACUAUAAUCUAAUCACGUUGAAGACCAUUGCCAUUUGCAUUUAUGGGACCAAAGUUGUACAGGCAAAGUAUAUCAUGAAAACAGAUGAUGAUGCUUUUGUUCGAGUUGAUGCAGUCCUUUCAGCUCUCAAUGAAACAAAGGUUACUCGUGGUCUUUUGUAUGGUCGAAUAUCAUUUGAUUCUCAGCCCCACAGGAGUGAAGAGAGCAAAUGGUACAUAAGCCCAGAGGAAUGGCCCCAUGAUUUCUAUCCACCUUGGGCACACGGUCCAGGUUAUAUUAUUUCAAGAGAUAUUGCCAAAUUUGUUGUUCGUAGUCAUCAAGAGAAGCAACUUAAGCUUUUUAAGCUAGAAGAUGUCGCCAUGGGCAUCUGGAUCGAGGAGUUCAAGAAGAGAGGUCAUAAAAUACAGUAUAUUAAUGAUGAAAGGUUUUUCAACACAGGUUGUGAGCCAGACUACAUUCUUGCACACUACCAAGGACCAAGAACAAUGCUUUGUCUUUGGCAAAAGCUGCAACAGAGUCCUGAUCCUGUCUGCUGUGAAUGAUUCCUUAGACUUGAUUUGUAUAUUAUUUGUUGAUAACAUCCAGGUGAUAGUCUUUUGGAGACAAGUAUCACAGUAUUCGCCAAGUUCUAACAGUGUAUUCUUUUGAUUCUAACAAGAUUUGUAUUAUAUAACAAGAAAACUGCUACACGUAUUAGUCUGGGAGAGCAAAUAUUCGUUCAUUCAGACAGGUUACAUGCUUCAGAUUGUCUGAUGUGGAAUAUUUGCGCUUCUCCUUUGAAGGAGGAUAUUUCAGGCUUGUUCUUACUCAUUUUAUCAAGGGCAAAUUUGUCAUAUUUGUAAGAUCGUCGCUCAUUUCUGGGCUGAGAAAUAGAAAGGAAAAUAAUCUUGAGAGGUCAA